CUCCUCUCAGGUCUGUGCAGUCUCUCCUCCUGUGUGCCACGUCAGUUCCAUGUGGUGAAGGUAAAUAAGAACUGGACAGAAGCUCAGCGCUACUGCCAAGAGGAGUUAACUGACCUCGCCACCAUAGACAACAUGAGGGAGAUGGAGAUGUUAAAUAGCACAAAGAAUGAAGCAAAUGCUGCAAAUGCUUGGAUUGGGCUGAAGCAGGGAAGCAGUCCUAAGUGGCAGUGGUCUCUGGCUGACAGGGAUUUCUACAGAGAGGAUGAGGCAAAGUUCAAGAAGUGGAAAGGCCAGGCACCUGAUAAGAACUGCGCUCUGAUGAAAGGAAAAGGAAAUGGAAAUGAGACAUGGCACAGUAAGACGUGUGACGAAACCAAGCCCUUCAUCUGCUAUGAUGAUAAACUGGUUCUGGUUUGUCAGAAUAAGACCUGGAAAGAGGCGCAGCAGUACUGCAGAGAGCACCAUGUGGACCUGGUGUCUGUGACCUCCGAGCAGAUCCAGCGCUGGGUGAGGGGGCGGGCUAAAGGAGCCUCCAGUACUCACGUGUGGCUGGGCCUGCGCCACUCCUGCAACUUGGGCUUCUGGUUCUGGGUCAACGGAGAGACGUUCUGCUACAGCAACUGGGCCCCAGAGACAGGGCAGGACUGCCAGAGUGCCAGAGUGGGGUCAGUGGAGUCUGGAGGAGAUGGGAAGGGAGAGUGGGUUGUGCGUCCAGAGACCGACAAACACUACUUCAUCUGCACCACUGAGGAUCAGUAG